AUGCGUGUGAACAUAAUCAAAUGGAGUGUCGAGGAUGCCGUGGAUUGGUUCGUUGCGUCUGGCUGGACUGAGAUUCACUUCGAUGACUUUAUUCAGAGAGCAGAAGACAAACAGCAGGUCUUUGCACGUGAUGUCCAUCUGACAUGUGUACUAGCCCUUCCUCGGACCGUCAACAUCAACACAUUGGCGCCCUACCUUGAUGGUAGAUUGAUCGCGCAGGAUAAGGCCUCUUGCAUGCCCGCCCAGCUUCUUUUGGGAAGCCCGACGCCCGAGGAAUCUAAACGGCGUAUGUGUGUGAUUGAUGCUACAGCAGCUCCUGGAAACAAGACCACAAUGCUUAGCGCAUUAGUUGGUACGAGUGGAAAAGUAUGGGCGUUUGAAAAAGAUCCGGAAAGAUUCGAGACUCUCAAAAGCAUGGUUGCCAAAGCUGGCUGUAGGAAUGUUGAAUGCAUUCUUGGCGAUUUCUUAUCUGUGAAGACCAAUGACCCACGGUUUCACGACGUCACACAUAUCCUUCUCGAUCCAUCGUGCUGUAUGUCUGGCUCGGGCAUCUCCAACCGACUUGAUCACCUUGAUGGCUCAAAACGCGAUGAGGGUCGUAUCAAUUCACUAGCACGCUUUCAGACCACGAUUCUGUCACAUGCGUUGCGCUUCAAGUCGGUGGUUCAGGUAGCAUACUCGACCUGCUCAAUUUGGAGAGAAGAAGAUGAAGAAGUCGUGUUCAGGGUUCUGGCCAAACCCGAAAUGUCGAAAAAAGGCUGGCAGCUGAAAGACUUGACUGAUGCGCUGAAACCUGGCAAACCUUGGAAGCGAUUAGGGAGACCCCGAUCUGACGCUGAAAAGGCAUCAACCGAUCGGAUGGUCCGCUUUGAUCCUAAAUUGGACACUACGAUAGGAUUUUUCGCUGCGGUUUUCAUUCGGGAUAUGUCGACAACACCACUCGAGUCAGAACAUCUGAACCCCUCACCUUCAUCCCAAAGUCAAUCGUGUUCAAUUGAGCCGAUUUGUAUCAAACAAGGUCUUUGUGAGUCUAAUAAGAGGUGGCACGGAAUCCGUACCGGUCGAUUGCUUUACCUCUAG